AUGGAAUCCAAGAAGCAGUGGAACGAAGGAGCCAAUUCAUCCAUCUCAAUGGUUAAUUAUAUGAUUGAUGACAAAGAAACAAAAAUUUCAGCACUGAUUGUGGAUGAUGACGCUAUCAUUCGCAAAAUCCACAAGACCAUGCUCGAGCGCUUAUUUAACAUAGAGGCAAAAACGGUUAGGGAUGGAAAGGAAGCAGUGGAUUUGUGUCGUUCUGGGGAAAAUUUUGACAUAAUUUUCAUGGACAAAGAAAUGCCUAUCAUGGAUGGUCACGAGGCGACAAAACAUCUACGUGCUAUGGGUGUGAAGAGCAUCAUUGUGGGAAUCACUACCCGUGCUGAUGGAAAAGAUAAAGAGGAAUUUCUAGCUUCAGGAUCGAACCAUUGCUUUGAGAAGCCUCUUGACCAAGCAAAGGUUGAAAAAGUCUUGCAAGAGCAUGGAAAUUUUAGCAUUUGA